AUACUCCUACUAUAUAUAUAAUUAUCUCUCAACCUAUUUAUUACACAAUACACACCCAUAAGAAUCACGUCCCUUAUCUUCACCCCGAGUACUUGUUUAGCCGUUCUUUGAUUUCACCGCUCUCAACGCACCCAAACUUACACCAAACGCUCUCUUACCGACGCACUAACUAAUACCCCGGCCAGAGCUUCCUACAUAUUUCAUUCCGCGGAACAUUAAAGGCACCGUCUUCGAUCUGUUUCAACUUAUAUCAUUGUAGUACGUACGUUCACGGAGCUUUGGCGCUAUGGGGAAUUGUCAGGCUGCAGAGGCGGCGACUGUGGUUAUUCAACACCCCGGCAACAAGAUCGAGAGAGUUUACUGGUCGCUUAGCGCUCAUGAGGUCAUGACUUCCAACCCCGGACACUACGUCGCGCUCCUGGUCACCUCCCCCACCGCCAAGUCCGACAACGGUACGCCUUUGAAGCAGCUCAAGCUUCUCCGACCGGACGACACCUUGCUCAUCGGACACGUUUACCGUUUGAUUAGCUUUGAAGAUGUGUUGAAGGAGUUUGCUGCGAAGAAGUGCGUGAAACUGGGCAAGUUGCUCGAGAGAGGAGGUUUUGGGGUUGAAACAAUGAGGAAGGAGUCGGGUGGUUCGGAUCCGAAAUCGAAAUUCGAUAACUCCAGUUCUGCUAAGAUGGAGCAGCAGGAGGUUCACCGCCUGGGAAGCAACGGUGGCAGUGACAGCAGUAGCAUGAGAGGCGUGGGUAGGCUUUAUGGUGGUGGGGGGCAGUGGAGGCCAGCCUUGCACAGCAUCGCUGAGGUUGGAACUUGAACGCACUACCCAUCCGUACUGGGGGUCCCCUCAGUUUCAUUCCCUCUGGGCCUCUCCCACCGAAUAAAUCCAAUUACCAACCCAUCGAUGAUCUCUCUUUUUUCAGUACGGUUUAUAUAUAUAUAUAUAUAUAUAUAUCUAAGUUCCGUAUCUUUGGUUCAAGACACUUGUUAUCCCUUACCGGUAGGCCUAGCUUGCAGCUAGCUAGGAUUUUGUGUAGCCCAGAAAGUGGACUCCUGGUCAUGUAGUAUUAUUAAUAUAUACUCGAUCGAUCCUAUGCAUGAAGAUUAGCUUAA